CUCCCAGGCCACCUCAAGGUAGAAGAAGAAUGGCAACCACCACUGCUACCACCAAUACGACUGGAACGACGGGCCCUCUGGGUACCAAUGGUAUUGAGAAGCAUGACCGUCGCGGUUUCCGCAACAGCACCGGUACCACCGGUACUGACCAUACUCGCGUGGGUCAUCGUGCAAUUGGGCCAAGAUUCAGCUUUGGCUCUUGGUUGAAACUUCAUGCCCUUGAUAUCCUCACCAUGGCCGCCAUGGGAGCUGCUGCCUUGGGCAUCCACUUCGCCGGUCCUGCUCCAACCCGCACGUUUGCCAUCUUCAAUACCGAUGGAAGUAUUGCGGACUACUCCAUCGCGUAUCCCCUUCGCAGUAACCGAAUGCCCCUCUGGGCAGCGGUCCUUAUUUCAUUCUUGGUUCCAUUGCUCUUCUUUACGUUGUUCCAAUUCCGCAGGAGGAGCGUCGACGAUUGGCUCACUACCACUCUGGGCCUGCUCAGGAGUUUGAUCACCGCCGCUCUGUUCCAAGUCUUCAUCAAGUGGCUCAUCGGUGGUUUGCGCCCCCACUUCCUCGCUAUCUGUCAACCUCAGUUGUCAAGUGGCGAUUCUUUGAAUGGGAUGGGUUUCCAGAACAUUAUUUUCGACCGUUCCAUUUGCACGGGCGACCCUGACGAUAUCGAUGAGGCCAUGGAGUCGAUGCCCUCCGGCCACGCCACCGCUGCAUGGGCUGGUCUCUUCUUCCUUGCCUUGUACUUCAACGCACAACUCAAGGUCAUCGCUGCCCACAACCCGGCCUACUGGAAGAUGAUCAUGUUCUUUGCACCCCUCCUUGGCGCCUUCUUGAUCUCUGCGACCUUGGUUGUUGACAGGCACCAUCAUUGGUACGACCUGGUUGUCGGAGGCCUCAUCGGUAUCUCGACCGCUCUCAUCGCCUACCGGCAGACCUUCGCCGCCAUUUGGGACUACCGUUUCAACCACGUCCUUCUCCCGCGAGCCACUUCCUUCUUCCACCGCAAGCCUUACUUGCCAUUCCCUAACCGCGGACCGUACUACAACUACCAACCAGGCUUCGAGUUCACCUCUCGCGAUCUCCCCGUUUCCCGCGAGGGAGGCUGGGACUUUGGUGGAGGCGAAGCUUCGAAUGGUGCUCCCAAUGAUGCUACUGCCUUGUCGGCUGGGCUAGGUGGCGCUGCUAUGUCGGCUGCUACUGGCGCAGGCAAAGGCUACGGUCAGGGAUAUGGCACUGGAAGCGUCACCGAUCCCAGGAGUUCGCAUGAGCCCAUGAUUGGACAUAACGCUCCUGCCACUGCUGGUCAUCACGGACCUGCCGUUGGGCAGGGUGUUGUCUAAUCCGAUUCUGGAACGCUUUCUUUGGAGGGACGGAAAUGAUUGCUUAUCUCCCCUACGUUCCAAUUCACUCUUGGGACGGACGUUAUCUGCUUCGUGCAACAUACCUUCUUUCCUUCAAUCUCUCUUCUCAUCUAGCUCUCCUCUCCUAGUAUAACACGUUUAAUAUUUUCUUUACGGUUAAUCACGAAUUUUACGAUACUCGUAACUUUACCUAUGCUGUUAUUCGUAGUCGCCUUGUGUUCUGAAAUUCAAAUCGUGUCUUCAUUAGAA